AUCAGAUUUAUGUUUAAUUAAAAGUUAUGUGGAGCAGGAUUAAAGUUAUUUGGAGCAGGAUUAAAGUUAUGUGGAGCAGGAUUAAAGUUAUGUGGAGCAGGAUUAAAGUUAUUUGGAGCAAGAUUAAAGUUAUGUGGAAGCAAGAUUAAAGUUAUGUGGAGCAGGAUUAAAGUUAUGUGGAGCAGGAUUAAAGUUAUUUGGAGCAGGAUUAAAGUUAUGUGGAGCAGGAUUAAAGUUAUGUGGAGCAGGAUUAAAGUUAUUUGGAGCAGGAUUAAAGUUAUGUGGAGCAGGAUUAAAGUUAUUUGGAGCAGGAUUAAAGUUAUUUGGAGCAGGAUUAAAGUUAUGUGGAGCAGGAUUAAAGUUAUUUGGAGCAGGAUUAAAGUUAUGUGGAGCAGGAUUAAAGUUAUUUGGAGCAGGAUUAAAGUUAUUUGGAACAGGAUUAAAGUUAUGUGGAGCAGGAUUAAAGUUAUUUGGAGCAGGAAUAAAGUUAUGUGGAGCAGGAUUAAAGUUAUGUGGAGCAGGAUUAAAGUUAUGUGGAGCAGGAUUAAAGUUAUUUGGAGCAGGAUUAAAGUUAUGUGGAGCAGGAUUAAAGUUAUGUGGAGCAGGAUUAAAGUUAUUUGGAGCAGGAUUAAAGUUAUGUGGAGCAGGAUUAAAGUUAUGUGGAGCAGGAUUAAAGUUAUUUGGAGCAGGAUUAAAGUUAUGUGGAGCAGGAUUAAAGUUAUGUGGAGCAGGAUUAAAGUUAUUUGGAUCAAGAUUAAAGUUAUUUGGAGCAGGAUUAAAGUUAUUUGGAGCAGGAUUAAAGUUAUGUGGAGCAGGAUUAAAGUUAUGUGGAGCAGGAUUAAAGUUAUGUGGAGCAGGAUUAAAGUUAUGUGGAGCAGGAUUAAAGUUAUUUGGAGCAGGAUUAAAGUUAUGUGGAGCAGGAUUAAAGUUAUGUGGAGCAGGAUUAAAGUUAUUUGGAGCAGGAUUAAAGUUAUGUGGAGCAGGAUUAAAGUUAUUUGGAGCAGGAUUAAAGUUAUGUGGAGCAGGAUUAAAGUUAUGUGGAGCAGGAUUAAAGUUAUUUGGAGCAGGAUUAAAGUUAUGUGGAGCAGGAUUAAAGUUAUUUGGAGCAGGAUUAAAGUUAUUUGGAGCAGGAUUAAAGUUAUUUGGAGCAGGAUUAAAGUUAUGUGGAGCAGGAUUAAAGUUAUUUGGAGCAGGAUUAAAGUUAUUUGGAGCAGGAUUAAAGUUAUGUGGAGCAAGAUUAAAGUUAUGUGGAGCAGGAUUAAAGUUAUGUGGAGCAGGAUUAAAGUUAUUUGGAGCAGGAUUAAAGUUAUGUGGAGCAGGAUUAAAGUUAUGUGGAGCAGGAUUAAAGUUAUGUGGAGCAGGAUUAAAGUUAUUUGGAGCAAGAUUAAAGUUAUGUGGAAGCAAGAUUAAAGUUAUGUGGAGCAGGAUUAAAGUUAUGUGGAGCAGGAUUAAAGUUAUUUGGAGCAGGAUUAAAGUUAUGUGGAGCAGGAUUAAAGUUAUGUGGAGCAGGAUUAAAGUUAUGUGGAGCAGGAUUAAAGUUAUUUGGAGCAAGAUUAAAGUUAUGUGGAAGCAAGAUUAAAGUUAUGUGGAGCAGGAUUAAAGUUAUGUGGAGCAGGAUUAAAGUUAUGUGGAGCAGGAUUAAAGUUAUGUGGAGCAGGAUUAAAGUUAUGUGGAGCAGGAUUAAAGUUAUUUGGAGCAAGAUUAAAGUUAUGUGGAAGCAAGAUUAAAGUUAUGUGGAGCAGGAUUAAAGUUAUGUGGAGCAGGAUUAAAGUUAUUUGGAGCAGGAUUAAAGUUAUGUGGAGCAGGAUUAAAGUUAUGUGGAGCAGGAUUAAAGUUAUUUGGAGCAAGAUUAAAGUUAUGUGGAGCAGGAUUAAAGUUAUGUGGAGCAGGAUUAAAGUUAUGUGGAGCAGGAUUAAAGUUAUGUGGAGCAGGAUUAAAGUUAUUUGGAGCAGGAUUAAAGUUAUGUGGAGCAGGAUUAAAGUUAUUUGGAGCAGGAUUAAAGUUAUUUGGAGCAGGAUUAAAGUUAUUUGGAGCAGGAUUAAAGUUAUGUGGAGCAGGAUUAAAGUUAUUUGGAGCAGGAUUAAAGUUAUUUGGAACAGGAUUAAAGUUAUGUGGAGCAGGAUUAAAGUUAUUUGGAGCAGGAUUAAAGUUAUGUGGAGCAGGAUUAAAGUUAUGUGGAGCAGGAUUAAAGUUAUGUGGAGCAGGAUUAAAGUUAUUUGGAGCAGGAUUAAAGUUAUGUGGAGCAGGAUUAAAGUUAUGUGGAGCAGGAUUAAAGUUAUUUGGAGCAGGAUUAAAGUUAUGUGGAGCAGGAUUAAAGUUAUGUGGAGCAGGAUUAAAGUUAUUUGGAGCAGGAUUAAAGUUAUGUGGAGCAGGAUUAAAGUUAUGUGGAGCAGGAUUAAAGUUAUUUGGAGCAAGAUUAAAGUUAUUUGGAGCAGGAUUAAAGUUAUUUGGAGCAGGAUUAAAGUUAUGUGGAGCAGGAUUAAAGUUAUGUGGAGCAGGAUUAAAGUUAUUUGGAGCAGGAUUAAAGUUAUGUGGAGCAGGAUUAAAGUUAUGUGGAGCAGGAUUAAAGUUAUUUGGAGCAGGAUUAAAGUUAUGUGGAGCAAGAUUAAAGUUAUUUGGAGCAGGAUUAAAGUUAUGUGGAGCAGGAUUAAAGUUAUUUGGAGCAGGAUUAAAGUUAUUUGGAGCAGGAUUAAAGUUAUGUGGAGCAGGAUUAAAGUUAUUUGGAGCAGGAUUAAAGUUAUUUGGAGCAAGAUUAAAGUUAUGUGGAGCAGGAUUAAAGUUAUGUGGAGCAGGAUUAAAGUUAUUUGGAGCAGGAUUAAAGUUAUGUGGAGCAAGAUUAAAGUUAUUUGGAGCAGGAUUAAAGUUAUGUGGAGCAGGAUUAAAGUUAUUUGGAGCAGGAUUAAAGUUAUUUGGAGCAGGAUUAAAGUUAUGUGGAGCAGGAUUAAAGUUAUUUGGAGCAGGAUUAAAGUUAUUUGGAGCAAGAUUAAAGUUAUCUGGAGCAGGAUUAAAGUUAUUUGGAGCAGGAUUAAAGUUAUGUGGAGCAGGAUUAAAGUUAUUUGGAGCAGGAUUAAAGUUGUGGAGCAGGAUUAAAGUUAUUUGGAGCAGGAUUAAAGUUAUUUGGAGCAGGAUUAAAGUUAUGUGGAGCAGGAUUAAAGUUAUUUGGAGCAGGAUUAAAGUUAUUUGGAGCAGGAUUAAAGUUAUGUGGAGCAAGAUUAAAGUUAUGUGGAGCAGGAUUAAAGUUAUGUGGAGCAGGAUUAAAGUUAUUUGGAGCAGGAUUAAAGUUAUGUGGAGCAGGAUUAAAGUUAUUUGGAGCAGGAUUAAAGUUAUGUGGAGCAGGAUUAAAGUUAUGUGGAGCAGGAUUAAAGUUAUUUGGAGCAGGAUUAAAGUUAUGUGGAGCAGGAUUAAAGUUAUUUGGAGCAAGAUUAAAGUUAUUUGGAGCAGGAUUAAAGUUGUGGAGCAGGAUUAAAGUUAUUUGGAGCAGGAUUAAAGUUGUGGAGCAGGAUUAAAGUUAUUUGGAGCAGGAUUAAAGUUAUUUGGAGUAGGAUUAAAGUUAUGUGGAGCAGGAUUAAAGUUAUUUGGAGCAGGAUUAAAGUUAUUUGGAGCAGGAUUAAAGUUAUGUGGAGCAGGAUUAAAGUUAUUUGGAGCAAGAUUAAAGUUAUUUGGAGCAGGAUUAAAGUUAUGUGGAGCAGGAUUAAAGUUAUGUGGAGCAGGAUUAAAGUUAUUUGGAGCAGGAUUAAAGUUAUGUGGAGCAGGAUUAAAGUUAUUUGGAGCAGGAUUAAAGUUAUGUGGAGCAGGAUUAAAGUUAUUUGGAGCAGGAUUAAAGUUAUGUGGAGCAGGAUUAAAGUUAUUUGGAGCAGGAUUAAAGUUAUGUGGAGCAGGAUUAAAGUUAUUUGGAGCAGGAUUAAAGUUAUUUGGAGCAGGAUUAAAGUUAUGUGGAGCAGGAUUAAAGUUAUUUGGAGCAGGAUUUUAGCACCUGCUGGUAAAUGCUGGAACUACACCCAAUGUUGGAAAAAAAGCAUAUUUAUAUUGCCAUCCUUUAAAAAAACAGCUGACGAUUUUUUUUUUUUCUUCCAAGAAACAUUUCAAUCGAAAUAAUUUUAUGACAUUAUAGAAAAUCUUUUUUUUAGGGACAGAUUGUUUUUGAAGAGCUUUUAUAAGUAUGAAAUGGACAUAUCUGUUCCCUAUCUGUUGGAACUGAGCACCCAUGAGCAAAGAUGGCAGCCUUCAGAUCGCAUACAUUUUAGCCGAGCACUGUCAUAGACAUGAAUUAGGAUGCUAACAUAUGGCUUUCUCCAGUUAUUUUAAAAGCUCCUUGUUAGGAACGCUUACGGAGACUGAAGCUUGCUUAUGGCAAAUGUCAUUAAAG